AUGGCUUUCCCCGCCCCCACCGCCGACUCUGACCCUGACCCAACCACACAGAUUCCGUGGCCGUCCAGACAGGCAAAGCAAGUCCGGAUGGAAUCUACAGAGAGGGAGAGGUCACGAACCCUGCCUGAGUCAUCGACGCGCAAUAACCUCGCCGACGGCGUCGCGAAAGACAGAGCGGUCGACCCGUCCCGGAAGCGGAUGUCGACUUGGGACCUGGUCAAGCUCAGCAUCUCGAUGGCGGGAGCCCAGAUCGCGUGGACAGUCGAACUCGGAUACGGAACACCGUUCCUGCUAUCGCUGGGCCUUUCGGAGCAGCUCACCAGCUUGGUAUGGCUCGCUGGUCCCAUAAGUGGCUUGAUAGCACAGCCUGUCAUUGGUACGCAACACCACUCUUCCGCGCCAUGGGGCGCGAUUUCCGACGCUUCCCGGUCGAAGUAUAGACGGCGUUACUGGGUCGUGCUCUCAACAGCCGCGCUGGUGCUGUCCACUUUCACCUUGGCGUAUUGUCAGGACCUCGCGGCUUUCUUCGUCGAUUUCUUUGGUGGAGGAAAAGGUAGCUGGGAUCCGCAAUGGGCGAAAGAUGUUAAGAACACCGCUAUCAUACUCGCGGUCGUCUCUUUCUAUGUUCUGGAUUUCGCACUCAAUGCCCUCCAAGCAUCUCUCCGAAACUUGCUCCUCGAUGUCACUCCCCCAGAACAACUCAACGUCGCGAAUGCUUGGCACAGUAAGAUGACAAAUGCGGGAAAUAUCGUCGGUUUUGGUUUCGGGUUCUUGCCGCUCGCGAGCAUACCGCUCUUGCGUCUGCUCGGCGGGGACCAGUUCCGCAAGUUCUGCGUCGUCAGCGUCAUCUUGCUGGCCAUCACCGUUUGGAUUACUUGUGCCUCUCAAGAGGAGCAGUCUCGCGAGGACGACUUGCGCAUGGAUCGAAACCAAAGCAAAUUCGGUGACGUACUCAGGAACAUUUACAAUGCGAUCGUGAAACUUCCAAAGCCCAUUCGUCGGGUGUGCUACGUCCAAGUUUUUGCGUUUAUGGGAUGGUUCCCGUUCCUAUUUUACUCUACUACGUAUGUUGGGCAGGUUAUGGCGCACGAACUCGGUCGCGAACCCGAUAAUGAUCUGGCGACGCGUACCGGAGAGUUUGCGAUGGCCAUUUACAGCGUUGUUGCUGUUAUCGCCGGAAUACUCCUGCCUCGCUUAUCUCAACGUGACUCGCGCUUGCUGGCGCAUGAGGGAGACGAGGACGAGGACGCCGAGUUCUCUCGCCUAAGAGCGACAGUGCAGCAGUGGCGUGCAGAGGCAGCUAGACAGGGAAUGCCACUUAAGCUUCCCUUUAUGCCUUUCUUCCUCAGGAACAUCUGGAUGGGGGCUAUGCUGCUUUUCGCUGCUAUCACUUUCUCCACAUUCUUCAUUACCAAGGUAUGGCAGGCUAUCAUCGCGGUUAGCUUGGUUGGUGUUUGCUGGGCUGUCGCAUGCUGGGUCCCCUUUGCUAUCAUCAUGGAGGUGCAGGAGGCCUUCCAGCGUCGUCUCACGCAUCGUCGGCCUUCACACACCCGCACCUUGUCUACGCCCGUGCGCCCAACCAUGCAGGACAUAGACGAACACCAGCCCCUUCUUCGCAGGAGACGGUCCUUGGAGGAACGCCACGACAUGCUCGACGCGCCGUCAGCGGAGCCCGUCGCAGGAGGCACUAUCCUCGGCAUUCACAACCUCGCCAUUGUCUUCCCGCAGUUCAUCGUCGCCUUGGUGUCAAGCGCCAUCUUCAAAGCAGUAGAUUCCGAAAUCGAUGAUGACCCUCAGAAUCACACCACGUUCUAUGGUAAGAACGGCGUUGCCUGGGUCCUGCGCUUUGGUGGGUUGUGUGCCCUGGUUGGCGCUGCCUUCGCUCGUAAGGUCCCACCGACGCGAACAGAGAAGCAGAUGCGCCGUCGUUUGGCCGAAUUGAAGAUUCUCGAACAGGAGGGCACCCCCUGA